CAACAUCACCAGCUCUGACCACCAUUGCAGCGAUGAGGCUCCUCAGGACGGACGAUCUCCAUCUGGAGUCGUUUGCCGGCGUCGAUGCCGCCCCUCCGUAUGCCAUCCUGUCGCACACGUGGGACGAUGAGGAAAUACUGUACGAAGACGUCAAGGCCGGACCCCAGGCCAUCCCGACGACCAAGAAGGGAUACGCCAAGGUCCGGGACAGCUGCGCAACCGCCCGGCAAGACGGCCACGACUACAUCUGGAUCGACACCUGCUGCAUCGACAAGAGCAGCAGCGCCGAGCUCUCCGAGGCAAUCAACUCCAUGUUCACCUGGUACGAGUGGUCGCAGGUCUGCUACGCCUACCUCGCCGACGUCGCGGCCCAGGACGGCGAGCGGGGCGUCGAGAGGAGUCGGUGGUUCACGCGCGGCUGGACCCUCCAGGAGCUCAUGGCCCCCGAGACCGUCGUCUUUUACGACAAGACCUGGCAGCGCAUCGGCAACCGCACCUCCAUGGUCGGCCUGCUCAGCGGCAUCACCAAGAUCGACGAACAGGCAUUCGUGCGGAAGAAGCAGCUGCCCUGCGAGGACCACUACUUGCAUUUUGGAAAGCGAUUGCUUGCGUGUCGCGAUUGCUGCGACACGCCCCUCCGAGGUUUCCUGGCGAGCGUUAGCGUGGCGGCGCGCAUGUCAUGGGCGGCCAAACGCGUCACCAGCCGCCUCGAGGAUAUGGCCUACUGCCUGAUGGGCAUCUUCGACGUCCACAUGCCACUGCUCUAUGGCGAGGGGGCGCGCGCCUUCCGGCGCCUGCAGGAGGCCAUCAUCGCCCACUCCAAGGACCAGUCCAUCCUCUGCUUCGACCUGCGGCGCGACCUCGAGUACGGGCCGCACCUGCACUUGGACGUCUACCAGUACCUCGCCAACAGCCCCGAAGACUUUGUCCACUGCUCGAACGUCAGGCUGGCCGCUGAUGGUCCGCUGGCCGCUGAUGGUCCGCUGGCUGGCUCCAGGAUGUCCAUCACGCCCGAUGGUCUUGAAGUCGACCUGGUGGUGGCGACUGUGACGAGCACCGUCUUCGGCGGGGGUGAGUCCGGAUUACCGACUCCUGGCAGACGACUAGCCAUCUUUAACACAUACAUGGCCGACAGCUACCUCUCUCGACUCGCGUGCAUUCUCAUUCCCAGGCGGGAGACGGAUCAACCCCCCAGCCACACUCCCUUCUACUACCUGUCCGCCCCGUGCUUUCUGGUCGAUCCAGGAUCGAGAGCGAAUGAGCUGGCGGCCACGGCAUUCUCGCACCGAGCCGCCUAUAAAGGUUUUAUCUCGGUCGGCGCCUUCACGGUCGAACGCAUAGUUCUGGGAGACAGGCCGAGAAGAUACACACCCUCGUCUCCGGAGCUGAGCGUACGGGUUGCCGACAUGACGCGCGAUGACUACCGCAUCAAGGACACCUUCCCAGCCCUAGUGGGCGACCGCUUCCCGUACCGCAGCGACGUCACCGCGUCGAGCGUCAAUGCCAGCGUGUCGCUCAGUGGAAAUCAUGCUUAUGUCUGUGGCCUAAUCUGGAUGGGCAGUCGCGGAGACGACUUUGUGAUCAUCUGGGGCGUGGGAUUCGACCCGAUGGACCGUUACAGCGAGAAGCCGGAGCUGUGGUCUCACAUCAUAGGGUGGAAGGGAUGGCAAGCCUCGCCAGCUAAGUGGAAGGAAGAUAUUCUGUCAGUCCUGAGCUACGAUGACCCCGAGGAUGGACUAGAGGUGUCGGGGAGAGGGCUGGUUUUGAGCCUCCGGCCGGGGUCCAUUGAGGUUGCCUUACGAUUUAAGUCGGUGGAGUUCUUUGGGAGGCGGAGUUUUGAGUUGAAGAUUGAGGUUCGACAACUGUCCCCUUUGCAACGGUCUUUUGCGCCGCUACCAGAAGCCUCAGUGCCGUGUCAGCAGGAAAAUUGAAGGCAGUGGUCAGCAUCUUGAGGCGUUAUCGAGUUAGCUGUUCCCCCCAGAAACUCGAUGGUUUGGGUUCUUUUGUUUUACAUAGCGACCGGGAGACGACCAGAUUGGGGUUAUAUUACACCUAUCUUAUGAAAUCUUUACAACACUAUCAUUGUAGGAGAGUUCACUGAAUGGUGUGAGCAUAUUUUGAGCAUGUGGGCAAACAUCGUUAUUCACUAUCUCCAAAUUCAAGUAGGUACCAAGCAAAGGUAACAAGACGCA